AGUUGUUAUCUCAUAUCACUGCGAAAAAUAUACUGAUAUACGGGAAUAUACGGUCCCGUAUUUUUGACAAAUACGGGCGUGUACGGGAUGUAUUUGUCGAAUAUACGGACUAAGUAAACGAUUCCGUAUAGGGAACACCGGGUAUACGGGAAGUCCGUAUAUGCAUCAGGCAUAUACGGAAUUCCGUAUUUGCCCCAUAUACAUGUACGUAUAUUUGUUCGUACUUUUGAAGUAUACGGAGAAUAAAAUCCAGUAUACGGAAUUUAUCAAGGUUGUUAUCCCUAGUAUACUAUAAAUAUACCAGGGAUAUACGGGACCGUAUUUUCUACCUAUUCAGAGGAUAUACGGACUCGUAUUUUCUACGUACACAAUGGAUAUACGGAACCGUAUAUUCUUCAUAUACAGAGGAUAUACGGAAUCGUAUUUUCCACAUAUACAGAUGAGAUACGGAAUCGUAUUUUCUGCAUAUACAGGAGAUAUACGGAAUCGUAUUUUCUACAUAUACAGGGAACAUACGGAAUCGUAUUUUCUACAUAUACAGAAGAUAUACGGAUUCGUAUUUUCUACAUAUACAGGGAAUAUACAGAAUCGCAUUUUCAAUAUAUACAGGGGAUAUACGGAAUUGCAUAUAUUGACAAUUUAAUUGCCACCAUAGGUAUGGUUUUAUGUUUGUAGUAUGGCGACACUUGAUAAUGAGAGAUAUUUGAGGCAUAUAUGGCUUAUUGGCGAGGGAGGCUUGUUUCUGUUGAGACGAAUUGUAAUGAGAGAAGCAGCGAAUAACCUUCACACCCUCGAAGGUCUAUUAUUGAAUCGUAGAGCAGUAUUUAAUAAUGUUUUGCAAGAACAAAGGCAAUGUGUUUUUCCAUCUCCAAAUACUGUUAAUGCGGAUGUUAACACUUGGGAUAUAUCGCUUCUAUUAAUGGUGUUGAAAAAAUUAUUUUGGAACAAUCUUUCGCCAACUGAUCAAUCUGGCAUUGCUACCGUAAAAUGUCAUCGAAAUCAUAUUCAAGGACACCCACUUGAGAUAUCUAUGAAUGGAUCUGAUUAUGAUACUAGUAGACAGCUGCUAGAACAAUCUUUUCGAAAUCUUGCAACUGGUGUUAACGCAACGGCUGAAAUAGAUGAUAUUAUAAGAAAAACAUCAUCGGAAAAUAUUGAUGUGAAAUUAGCUUUCCAAACUAUUAAAGAGAUUCAUGAAUUCAGGAAUAGUAUGGUAUGUGCCCUACAGGAAAGGUUUGAGCAGGUCCAUUCAGAAAUGUCUCGGAUUAAUGAUUCCAUCGAAGAUAUUAAAGGGAAUGUUGAAAAUAUCAGAACGGUUCAGAUAAAUCAGCACGAGGAAUUGAGAAAAUCGCUGCAUGAAACAGGGCAGCAAUCAAAACAAGAUUUGACAGAAAUUAAAGCAAAUGUUGAAAACAUUAAAACGGUCCAGACAGAUCAUCAUCAAGAAUUGACAAAAUCUCUACAAACAUCAGGACUGCAAUCAAAACAGGAUUUGGAAAAUAUUAAAGAUACCGUAGCAAGUGUGCAACUAAUGACAGCAUCAACAAAGGGACAACUGGAAAAGUUUGAAAUUACAUACUUCAAAUUUUACUUUGUAGCAGUUUUAUAUUUGGAUAAUGAAUAUCCUGUUUGUAAUAAUACCGGGAACAAGCAUGUUUUUCCAAUUGAAAUAAAGUCGACUAUUUAUUUGUAUGAUGUCUAUUUUGGUUAAAAUUAAAGUUGACACUGCAAAGGAUUGCGACAUUAACUUUUAUUUGGAGGAAUAUCUCAGAGCCGAUCCUAGCAUUUUUUUUUGUUAGCUUAAUGGAUUUCUGAAAUAAAAUAAUUCAAAGUCCCUAGUUUGAUUGAACCAACAGUGUUCAAGAUCAAGUGAUAAAAAGUAAGAACGCAAACAAUUUAGCAAAAAAAGGCCAUGUUUGUAUUUUCAGUAUUUGUAAUUCAUUAACAAUUAUAUUUUAAAAAUAAAGGUUAUAUUUUGCCAGGAACUGUGAAGGGAAUACUUCAGCUUAAACAAAUGUUCUUACAGAAAGAAAAGCAUAGGACAACAGAAGAACUACAAACUAUUAUUCAAGCAGACUGUGCAGAUCAGAGCAAACAAAAGGAAGCAACCGACUUAUUGUUCAAACUUGUAAAGGUGAUUCAAGUUGACAACAGUCUCAAAGAUGAAGAAAUAAGAGUAGUAAUAACACAGCGGAUCCAGUGGUAUGGAGAACUCGUAUUGGAGUUGAUAGAAGAUUUGAUCAGCUGGUUCAGUGACAUGAAUGCCCUUCCUGACGCAAUUCCCGGCAAUGCGCAGAUAGGGAGUAUUCGCAUACCAAUAUCCUGUUCCAACAUUUCAGGCCUCCUCACGUUUUUGAAAUAUAUGACUGGCAGUCAAUGCAAACAACGUUUAUCAAGCAUUUCUGCUACAAUAAGCAAGAUAUUGCUUUUUCCAUGUACGUUAGUAUGGAGGAUUGAGAAUAUGAAUCUGCAAAAAUCCUUAUAUACACCCCUUAAAACAAUGGAUGUAAGGAGAAUAGUGCUACCGUUUCAUAUUACUUCAACAGAAGGGUUGACUAGGGUUGUAAGUAUGUUUGGGGGAGAGGAAAGGACCAGUCAUGUUGAGAAAAUAUCCGAAACACUGUCGAAGAUAUUCAAUGUAACUAUUCGUCUCGAAACAUAUGUUGAUAAAAUUCAACUACGAGAAGCAGGAAAAGAAGAAGAAGAGAUGGAGAAACAAAGAAAGGGUCACAUGGUUAGGUCUUAUUCAUCCGAAGCUCUCACAGAAAAAGAAGAGAAUGUGGUCACUCCUUCAGCUCAAGUGAAAAAGCCGAAAAUUGGACGAUCUCGCUCUUUAGGGGCACUCAAAGAGGGACAAGAAAGAUUGAUGCGAGUUAUGAAGGAAAUAAUACGAUUAAAAAACGUUAUCUUAAAGAAAGGAAAAUAUGGGACAGCAAAAGCGACGGUAGUUGACAAGGAGAGCCUUUUGUUUGUUGAAAAAGGUACGAACCCUGCUAUCCAGGAAGAUGCACCAUUAUUGUUUCUGACAAAUCAUGCUAUUCUAUUCGAAAAUGUUGAUGAUAGAAUUACCGUCGGUGGAAUGGAUCUUCUGCCGGACGACAAUGGACUUGUUGUAAUUGACAUUAAUAAACGACAAUUAUACAAAUUAAGCCAUUUGUUCAAUGUGAUAGGCAAAUACGAACUCCCUGGUUAUCCGUGUGAUGUUUGCUAUAUUGGUAAAGGAAAUGUAGCUGUAUGUAUUGAUUACAAAUACCUGACAAUUGUAAAUGUAUCUAAAGGUCAAUUUGUUGAAAAUCCUAUAAAAAUUGGUGUUGUCAUUGCAGGGAUUGCAGCUUAUGCUGAUAUGGUAUACAUUGCUGAUCUCGGUGGCAAUGUGCAUUCAUAUAACACAACAAGUCAAAUGUUGAAGAAAGUCUACUACAACUCUAAACGUGACUUUAAACCUCAGCGAACAAGUAUCGCUCUUAGUAAUGAUGGUCAGAUAAUUUAUGUAAAAUAUGGCAUAGAAUUGUUGUCAUUAAAUCGUGAGGGUAAAUGUAUAACAAAAGUCGAGAUAGACGUUAACUUUAAGCUAAGUGAUAUUUGUGUCAUUGCUGAUGGUAUCAUUUUGUGUGACUUUUCUAUGAUGACAGUGUUGCACAUUGAUCGUGAAGGUAAUCAGAUGCUUAGAAAAAUACCAUUUGUUUCGGAAGGAAAUAGGAUGGCAUCUUUAAUGUGUUAUGAUAAAAGACAGUCACGUCUGGUAAUUGUAGAAAGGUCUGGCAUGGUACAUGAAUUUAAGAUUUCCGCAAAAUGAAAAGGAUGUAUAUUCCAUUAUUUAUAUGUAGCUGUAUUCUUAUCUAUCGUUAAAUAAAAUAUACGCUUUGUAAAAAAUAAAGUUUACUUUGCACGCAGUCCUCAUAUUUAUAUUGACAACAUUCAGUUA